AGGGGCGGGGGGUCGCCCACACAGUGCCUCGCCCUGCGCUGGUACGCGCCGCACCGUACACCUCGCACCUCCUCUGCCGCCAUGGACGUGAUGGCGCCAAGCGGCGCGCCCCCCAGGCGCUCCGCGCAGCGUGCUCGCGCGUGGCCCGCCCGCACGGAGGCACGGCACCGGCGGCGCCUCGCCGCUGCCCUGGCGGCCCUGCUCGUCGCGGCGGUGGCCGCGACGGGGGCGAGCGACCAGUGCAGGCACGGCAGCCCGUGCUUCUUUGCGGCCCUCCGGCGCACCCUGGCGCCCAGCGGGCCGCCGAGCGGCCCCCCCGACAGCGGGCUGCCCAGCUCGACGCCCGGCGACCUGGUGGCGCAGCUGAAGACGGGUACGCCCGUCGUCGUAGACAUCACCGCCAAAUGGUGCGGGCCUUGCAAAGUUAUGGAGAAGACGAUGGUCAGCUUGAGUAACAAGUACGCUGGGAAGGUCUCCGUCCUGAAGAUCGACCUGGACAGCAGCCUGGAUUUCGCGAAGAAGAUGAACGUCCGCGUGCUGCCCACGGUGCUGUUCUUCAACGGCUCCCCGACGGAGCCCGUCCACGUGUUCAAGGGCGUGGUGCAGCCGGGCGUGCUCAGCGACGCCAUCGAGGAGAAGUUGCUGACACCCCAGCAGGUGAACUGAGCACCCAGUGCGUCGCCAGCGGACCCGAUUGCGGUUCACAGGCAAGAAGCGGCGUCUGCGAGUGAGGUGAUCUUUUGCAGAGCGAACCGCUUCCGUGACUGACCGGCCGAUUACCACUGUCAGCCGAAGGCAGGCGGUCUCCGGCAUUCGAUUUCGCGUGGGGCGGGCCGCUUCGCCCGCUCUGCCACCAGACCAGGGUGCGAAGCACCGCCCAGCUCGCCCUCACAGCGGCCGCAGAAUUCAAGCCGCCGCCGUGCACCCCGCGGCCACUGUGCCGACGGCCGGGCCGUGCGAGCACAGCAGCGGCGCGCCGCGCGGCGGCGGCGGCGCGGGCGGCGCCGCAGCCGCUCCGAGGCACGGAGGCCCCUAUAGGGGGGGCCCCGUGGGGCCGGCCGUGCAGCUGCCGAUCGAGAUGGAAGAGGAAAUGUGCUGAACCACCUUCGCCCAGAGGACUGGUGGCAUUUUUGCCACUGGACCCUUCGCACCGAGGCUGCAGCGCCUGCGCAAGAGGGUGCUCGAUGUCGACGAACCCACGUCGAAGUUUUUAAAUGUGCCCUUGCUCGCGCCGCAGGAUGACUUGAGAAAUAGCAGAAAACUUGUUUUAAAUCGUUCUCUCCCCUUUUUUUGCCCCAGUGCGGGGUGCGCCUGUCCCAGUGUGGUCGCACUGGGCAGCCUGGUCAGGGGUGACCCCUGGGCUACCAGGUGGCGCGGUAGGCGCGUUCCCUUCGUUGCAUCACGCCUACCAGUGGUAAGUGUGGUGGCGCCAGGUCCUCGUCUGAUGCUCCUCCUGAGUCCUGGUGCAUGCGUCUUCCUGCCCCUGGGAUCGGUCGGUGUGCCUGGUAACUUGUGUUAAUCAUCAUCCCGCACCAACUCCAGGAGCGGGCCGCGGCGGGAGUGCAGGCCGCGGGAGCGAAUCGCACGCACGCAAGAAGCGUGUCAGAACCUUGGGUUCCUUCAUUACGACUAGGGUUGUCUGUUGGCAGUGCAUGUCGCAAGCUAGGGUUCAAUGGUUCGCUGCGUGGACUGAUCAAAAUAUUUCAAGGCGAUAUUGUACUGGUCGUCUUCCAUUGGAGCUGUGCAUCCCCGUCGCAGGGUCAGAAGUGCCACGACAGAUUGCGCAAGCAACCCCAUUUGAUGUACAAUCGGCCACCCUACGUGGUCCAGCCGAUUCCGCAGUUCCGGUAAGGAGACGUCGCCGCCAAAGGCGAUUUGUUUGAUCAUCAUUUCAAGGCGUCAUGCUUACGAUCUGCCAUCUGAGGUAGACGUGAACAGGGUGUGCAGUAGAUUUUGAGCUGUGGCAAUAUCUCAACUCGAGCGUUUCUUCAUGACGGUCCUGUGCUUCCAUGACUCCGUCUCCCUUCAGCGCUCUCAUUUCUCGGCGAAUGCGAUCUCGCCAUACGCGAAUCUAUCUUAUGACGCCGGUAGGCCAGGCCAGUGCGAAUAGCACUACAAUGUUGUUGCGCUCACACGAAAA